CCACGACAUUGAGCAUUUACUCGAAAUGCGCGUGGACUACGAUUCGAUGCCUACCACGACAUGUCAGAUAGCGAAUUAUACGGCCUAUCAGACGAUGAUGCGCUUUUGAUUGCCGCAACUCAACAGGUAGAGAGUCAAGCCGCCGAAGUUGACUUCGUGACGUCGCCACGGCCGCGGAAGCGCCAAUGUACCCAAGAUCGUUUCGAUGACCGAUCAUCGGAGGGCAACAUUCCAGAGGAUGGCUUGCUCAGCGAUGACGAGCUGCUAGAGUCUGGCGAUGUACAAGCAGAGAGUCCGAAUAGGCGACAACGAUUAUUUCACGCGCCCCGGAUCCAAGCUAACCUGGAGCACGUGAUUAUAUCUCAAACUCAAGUCGUACCGCCUUCACAGCCAUGGCAGAUCAGAGGACCUGUUUGGAAAAAGCCAAAGGACAUGACGCCAGAGAAGAGAUGUAGCAUUGCGUCGUACUUCACAAACGAGCAAAAGCCAGAGUCUAUUCCGCGGCAAGGACACACAAAGAAUCUAGCCCAGAUCAUAGCGACUUCAAAUAGCAAUGUUUCGCGAACAAACAGCAGCGUUGACUACAGCUCCGCAUUCGAUUUGACAAAUUUGCCUUCUGAUGCGUUUGCUUCUUCUCCAGAGAGCAGGAGCGGUACAGCGGUUGGGGUACGCGCGCCGAUGAAUGGCUUGCGUCAAACAACACUCUUUGGAGGCAGCAAUGCAGACGCUCCAUUAUCUCAAGUCAACAAACGACGCAACUGGCCACUUGCCAAUCAGGAUGAGCCCCCUACACACCAUGAGGUCGAUCGCGAGGCAAUGAAAACAUGGAUUUAUCCAACGAAUCUCGGCAAGAUACGUGACUACCAAUUUAAUAUCGUUCAUCGCGGUCUUUUCCACAAUCUCCUAGUUGCCCUGCCGACUGGACUUGGGAAGACUUUUAUAGCUGCAACGAUUAUGCUCAACUUCUACCGUUGGACGCGGAGCGCACAGAUCAUCUUCGUAGCUCCUACAAAGCCAUUAGUCGCUCAACAGGUUGAAGCAUGUUUUAAUAUAGCUGGCAUUCCGCGCUCACAGACAACCAUGCUGACGGGAGAGGUAAAUGCUGGGCUUCGAGCUGAGGAAUGGGAGAAGAAGCGAGUUUUCUUCAUGACGCCGCAGACUCUCAUCAACGACCUAAAAACCGGCAUCUGCGAUCCCAAGCGUGUCGUUCUACUUGUGAUAGACGAGGCCCAUCGAGCCACGGGGAAUUAUGCAUACGUUGAAGUGGUCAAGUUCAUACGUCGAUUUAACGAGAGCUUCCGCAUCCUUGCCCUUACAGCUACACCGGGCAGUGAAGUGGAGUCCGUGCAGAAAGUUAUUGACGGCCUAGACAUAGCUCGAUGUGAAAUCCGAACAGAGAAGUCCUUUGAUAUUCGCGAGUAUGUGCACCAAAAGGAGAUCACGAAGCAAGUUUUUCAGCCUAACGAGGAGAUGGAGCUACUUUUCGAAUGGUUCUCGAAAGUAGCACAGCCUAUGCUUGACGUCGUGAAUGCGCAGAACGCAUACUACGUCAAGGACCCUUUGAAAAUCAGCCGUUACGGCCUUCUAUUGGCACAACGCGAGUGGAGCAAAUCCAAUGCCGGGAGACAUGCGGGAAUGGCGGUUAAGGGCAUGCUUGCGUCGGCAUUCUCGGUGCUCCAGAGUUUGGCAUUCGCCCUUGAGCUGCUCAAGUACUACAGUAUCAAGGCAUUUUAUGACCAACUCCUCAAGAUGCGAAAAGAGGCACGCGCCUCGAAGUCCAAGUACAGGAAGCAAAUCGAUGAAAGCGAGGCCAUGGAAAGAAUGAUGGUAAGACUCAAAGCGUGGCACAGCGACCCAGAGUUUGUAGGCCACCCCAAACUUGAGCAAGUGCGAGCCGAAGUCCUUCAGCAUCUUAUCGAUGCGGGCGAAGGCGCGAACGGAGGCGAAAGGACGAGCACUCGAAUUGAGAUCUUUUCGCAAUACCGUGAAUCGGUGGAAGAGAUCUGCCGCGUCCUAAAGAAAGAUGCGCCUAUCGUUCGCCCUCACGUCUUUGUCGGUCAGUCCUCAAGUGAGAAGUCCGAGGGCAUGACGCAGAAGAAGCAAUUGGAAGUCACUCAAAAGUUCAAGACGGGUGAGUUCAACGUGCUCAUUUCAACGCAAGUGGGUGAGGAGGGCCUUGACAUCGGUGAACUGGAUUUGAUCAUCUGCUACGACUCCAAGUCGUCGCCAAUUCGGCUGCUGCAAAGAAUGGGUAGGACAGGUCGCAAGCGAGAGGGGAGGGUCGUGUGGCUUCAGAUGGAAGGCAAAGAGCAGGACGACGCGAUCAAAGCUAUGGACAAUUACGAGAAAAUGCAAGAGUUGAUUGCGAGCGGUGAUCGGUUCAACUUCCAUCACGACCGCUCUAGGCGCAUCGUACCGAAAGACAUACAGCCGGUUGUUGACAAGCGGGCGGUUGAGAUCCCUGUCGAGAACACGCAGCGCACGGCGUCCGACUUCCUGCCCGUGCCAACAAAGAAAGGUCGGGGCAAGCUGCCGAAACGACCUCCCAAAAAAUUUCACAUGCCCGAUGGCGUUGUCACUGGAUUCACCAAUGUGUCUAGGUUAGGACAGGCAACUGGGAUUCUUGUCGACGAAGCAGAGAGUAUACCCUUGUUGCACGACGUGUUCCUUUCCGCCCAGCAGGUAGGUGACCUCGAGCGCCUAUACCAGUCCGUCGCUGGGGGGGAUGACGACGUGAUCAUCACUCCUCCAGCACUGAACAAGCACCCAGUGGCGCAGCGUCAACUGAGAAGAACGAACACGGUCAAGCACAGCACUCGUUGCAAAGAAUUCGUGCUGGCGAUGUCACGCAUUGCGAAGAUUGAUGCAAACACUGUGGAAGAGCAGGAACGGAAUGUUGACGCAGCCUAUCUUGAGCCAGAGGAUGUGGGAAGCACUCUUGUGGAGGAAAGGCUCGUCAAGAUUAAAGACAAUAUUCCUCCCGACGAAUCAGCUCCACGUCGCGGUCGCCCACCAGGGAGCAAGAACAAGGCCGUCCGGGGAGGGGGGCUAGCACGGAAGGGGAAGAAAAACAAAGUAGUCGGGGACGAUAUUUCUGACACGGAAGGCGAGCCCAGCAGCGGACUACAUACGUCUCCAGUCAUGCAGGUGCGCUCUCAGGCGAUCACGCUUGGCUCAGCAGAUACGGAAGAGUCAGAGGUCGAAGAUGGCUACGUAGACUCAGACCUUGAAGAUUUUGUUGUGGAUGACGAUCAACCGCUGAGCCAAGUCGACUCGUCCCUCCCAUCACCGUCGAAGAUGUUGCAGAGGCAACGACAAAAAACAAGGCGGCCCAGUCGUGUGAGUCUGGCUGCAAGCAGCCAAGAGCUACCCGAGCUCGGCGCGCUGCUCAACUGUACCGCGGUCAACAUGCAACAGGCGAGACAGGUUAGCGUAGUUCUCGAGGAGGCAGAGGAGAAAAGCGAGGUGGAGAAGGAGUCUAAGCAGCGUGGAAAGAAGACGGGUAAACGGAGGAGGAUCGUGAGCGAUGACGAGGACGAAUGAAUAACAGACGGCCAAGCAGGUCGCGACGUGGAGUUACAUCUGCAUCUGUUCUAGCCUGCUGCCGCCUCACGUGGUAUCGAAGUAAGUAAAGUUGAUCAAGCGUCUGCUAAGCUUCCUCCGAGCCGGGGGGGCUCGGGGGUUUUCGUUCGAAGUGACCCCUCAGUUUGUUGAGCUUGUUCAGGUCGGCCGCCCUGCAUGGUUGGACAACGGCGAAGGGGGAGAAAGAGAAAGGGCAUCAGACAAGCCGAGACGGGGGCACUGUGUACGUUUACGAGCAGAACCUGUACCUUGCUUAGAACGCCGCGGACGUUGGCGCUCGAGGGACCAGGCCGCAUCAGAUAAGCAGACAGAAGAUCAAAGAAACAUGGCUACG